AUGAAUGGGGAUUUAAGCCUAUCCCAGUCCCUGGGAGGGCUUCGGAUAGCAAAUCCAGAUGAUUCGCCCCUGCCAUCAGAAGACGCGACCGCUGGUUCGAUGGGAUCCAGUCCAACCGGUCAACCGGGCGGUUCGGUAUCAACACAUCCACAGAAUCCCGCACCGAGCGAUGAGUCCCCCACGGCAUUUCCUCCUGCACCCUACGAGGCUCCAGCAUCGGUCGACAAUCGUUCACCUGUCGCCUAUCAAUAUCCUGAUAAUUCUCCGCCCUCCGGCCCUUACCAGCCGUACUCGACACAUCCCCACGCUAAUCCCCCAAACCCUUCCCGACCCCUUUCCUCUUUAUACGCCAACGGUUCGGCCUCCUCCGUACUUCCCCGGGAUAAUUCAUACCGCAUGCGAACGGAUUCCGGUGCAUCCUCUACCUCAACGUCCCAUUCUCGAAAAGACGCUCGUGGCGCCGCCGUAGCCUUGCAAGCAGGCGUUCCAGUCCGCGACAACUCUCACAGCGACCGCUCCUACCGCACAGGGCACAUCCCGGCCAAUGGAGCGGUAAUGCGUCAGCCAUCCAGAGCACACGCCCGAGGAAGCACACAAUCUCAAAUGGCCAGGACCCCUUACGGCAUGGAGAACGGCCCAGCACCCAGCAGCGACGACUGGCAGGAUCGCGGGGCCGCUGUCUCCGUGAGACAGGAAGUGGACGCCAAUGGGAAGACAGUCUCCCGUUAUAUCAAGAAGGGUGUUCGUGAUUUCUCGUUCGGCAAUACCCUCGGAGAAGGAUCCUACAGUACAGUUGUAUUUGCAACGGAUCGACAAACAUUGAAGGACUAUGCAAUCAAGAUUCUAGACAAGCGACACAUCAUCAAGGAGAAGAAAGUGAAAUAUGUCAACAUUGAGAAGGACACUUUGAAUCGCUUGACCGACCACCCGGGAGUUGUGCGACUCUAUUACACCUUCCAGGAUGAACGCUCACUAUAUUUUGUGUUAGACCUUUGCAAAGGAGGCGAGCUUCUGGGUGUUCUCAAGCGGAUGUCAACCUUUGACGAAGAGUGCACCAGGUUUUACGGUGCGCAGAUUCUGGACGCGAUAGAUUAUAUGCACAAGUGUGGUGUGAUUCAUCGAGACUUGAAGCCGGAGAACGUCUUGCUCGACCACCAGAUGCAUAUCAAGAUUACCGAUUUCGGCACAGCCAAGAUCCUCAAACCCUCACAACGACCAAACGAUAGCGUGAACUCAAUUCCACAGAUGGACUCGACAGAGAUUCCAGAGGAUGAGAGGGCGAGUUCAUUUGUUGGUACCGCGGAAUACGUUAGCCCCGAAUUGUUAACGGACAAGAAUGCUUGCAAGGCAAGUGAUCUGUGGGCGUUUGGCUGCAUCAUUUACCAAUUGUUGGCCGGGCGUCCGCCUUUCAAGGCGGGCAAUGAGUACCAAACUUUCCAAAAGAUUGUCGCCCUGGACUAUGAAUUCCCUAUCGGAUUCCCAGCCGUUGCUCGCGAUCUUGUCGAGCGUCUUCUUGUGCUCGACCCAGCUCAGCGAUUGCAGAUUGAGCACAUUAAGAACCACGAGUUCUUUGAUGGUAUCUCCUGGGGGACUGAUCUGUGGAAACAAAAAGCCCCCCGGUUGAAGGCUUAUGUCCCACCUCCUCGUGAGCCUAUCAAGCUUAAUGGCGACAGCAGCGAGAGCUUUCCUCCCGCGAUCUCGACGGCUCCAUCUAACGCACCCAAUGCCAGCUCCCGAGCUCUUCCAAGGGUGGUCACCGAACUGCCUCCGCCAAGUCAACUCGACAUCGAAUGGUCACCGGUGUUGAGCAAAAAUAACGAGAGAAUUCUGAAGCUAGGAAACAUGGUCGUCUUGUCUUCUCCUGCAUCCCACAGUCCAACUUCCAAGAACGGUAGCAGCGAAGUUGAGGCUCCCAAAAAGUUCUCGCGUUUCUUUUCAAGCACAGCAACUAAGAAACGACAACGGCUGGUCAUGGUCACCUCAUCAGCUCGGAUCAUUCUGGCUGCAUCUGGUGGUGAUGAAAAGAAGGCAAAGCUCGAAAUUUCUCUCCUUGCCCCCGGAACACACUGGAGAAGCACGACCGACGCGAAAGGGCACUCAUCCUGGAUUGUGGAUACAAGAGAGAAACACUUUGUCUUUGAAGAUCCUAAGCCGUCAUCAAGCAAUAUCGGAUCCACCGCGGUCUCAGCACAAGAGUGGCUGGACGCACUGGACCGGGCUCGUGAGAUGGCUUUGACACAACAAAGUUCUGGAUCUUAUUCCGCCGAAGACGCAUUUCGCAACAUGUCUUCGGGAUUCUCCAGUCACGCCAACACUCUGGACCGUAAUACUGAGCUUCAGAAUGAGAAUAAUGUGCCUCCUCCGGGGCGCAAUACGUUGGUGAAGCAACAGGCCGAUACGGAGUCGGUCAAGGGGAAGAAGAGAUUUAGUCGACGUCAUUCGAAGAAUGGCCUUGCCGCUGUUUUCUAA